AUGUGUAAUUUUACAUUUUCACCAAUGUUGUCAUAUCGAACUGGCCUUCGUCCUCCUGACUCGAUUGUCAUUGGAGAUUUCAACAACGACAAUCGAUCGGAUGUUGCCGUCGCCCUUUAUCGCGGUAACAAUACGGGUGUCUUUCUUGGUUAUGGAAAUGGAACACUUGCAGCACCAAUGAUGUUUCCAACCGGCAUAAAUCCAUGGUCGGUCACCGUUGCAGAUUUCAACAACGAUAAUCAAUUGGAUAUCGCUGUCGCCAAUGGUGCUGAAAAUAAUGUGGGUAUCCUUAUUGGAUAUGGAAAUGGAUCAUUUGCAGCACAAACGGAGCUUUUGGCUGGCAAAGAUCCGUGGGCUAUCGCUGUCGGAGAUUUCAACAACGACAACCAAUUGGAUAUCGCUGUCGCUAAUCAUGCCAGUAACAAUAUGGGUGUCUUUCUGGGAUAUGGGAAUGGAUCUUUUGCAGAUCAAACGACGUUUCCAACUGGUACUUCUCCAUACUCGCUCGUUGUCGGUGAUUUCAACAACGAUAAUCGACAAGAUAUCGCUGUCGCAAACUUUGGUAGUAACUGUGUGGGUAUUUUUAUUGGGUAUGGGAAUGGAACUUUUGCUGCUCAAACGACUUUUCCAACGGGCAGUAAUCCGAACUGGAUCGCCAUCGGUGAUUUCAACAACGACAGUCGACUGGAUAUCGUUGUCACCAAUGGACCCGAUAAUACUAUAAGUGUCCUUCUUGGAUAUGAUAAUGGAGAUUUUGCAGCUCAGACAACGUUUUCAACCAGCAAUAAUCCACAAUCAGUCAAAGUCGGCGAUUUGAACAACGAUAAUCUAUUAGAUAUCAUUGUUGCAAAUUAUGGCAGUGCUACUGUCGGUGUUUUUCUUGGACAUGGCAAUGGAAGUUUUGCAGCUCAAACAACAUUUUCAACUGGCAAUAAUCCGAACACAAUCGCAAUUGGUGAUUUGAACAAUGACACUCGGCUAGAUAUUGCUGUCGCCAAUUAUGGUGCUAACAGUGUUGGUAUUCUUUUGAACACUUGUUUUUGUUGUACUCCUUAA